AUGGUUAUGUCUGAGAUUUCUAGCAGUGAUGAAGAUUUUCAAAACUUUUAUGAUAAUGAAACUGGUGAAAUUGUACCAGAUUCUGAAUCUGAGCAAGAAAUUGACCCUUUAAGAGAAGUGCUAAGAAACAAGAUGUGGACUUACAAUCCAAGGGAGGACAUAGAAUUCAAGAAGGGACAACUAUUCACUAAUGUUGAUGCCUUUAAAGCAGCACUAAAGGAUUAUGUGAUCCAAAAAAAAUUUCCCAUCAAAAUGCUGAAGAAUGAGAAAAUCAGGUGUACUGCAAUCUGUGAUGUUGCUGGAUGUACAUGGAGGAUUCAUGCGUCCCCUGUAGCUGAUUCAGUAAUAUUUAUGAUUAAGACAUACACACCUGAACACAUAUGUGUGAUGGAUAACAAAAAUCGUGAGGCCACCUCUGACUGGAUGGCCAAGAAACUGCUAGCUGUGAUGAGAACCCAUCCGCACUUGUCAAAAAAGGGCAUUGAAGCUGAAAUGCUAAAAUAUGGUGUGCAUCCUAGCAUACAGCAAGUGUAUAGAGCCAAACAAAAGGCAAGAAAAGAGAUUGAAAGCACACAUUCAGAAUCAUAUAGUAAACUGCCAAAAUAUGAUGUGCUUCUAAGGCAACAUAAUCCUGGUAGUGUUUGUAAGAUUCAUUAUGACAGAUCAAAUCUACUAGUUGAACCAAGGUUCCUGAGACUUUUUAUUAGCUUUAAAGGACAGAAAGAUGGAUUUUUAGCUAGUUGUAGAUCAUUUGUUGGAUUUGAUGGAUGUCAUUUGAAAGGUAAUUUUGGUGGAGUAUUGCUGGCUGCUGUUGCAUUGGAUGCUAAUAACAGCAUAUUUUCCAUUGCAUUUGCUAUUGUUAAGGGGCUGAAGCUUGCAUAUGAACAGCUGCUGCCAUCUGCAAUUGGAAGAUGCUGUUGCAGACAUAUUUACAGUAACUUCAGUUAUGAUGCAAUUGGAUUUAAUGAAACAAUGCAGAGAAUCAAGGACAUGAAUAUAGAAGCAUGGAAGUACUUAUCAAAGAUUCCAAUUUCUGCUUGGGCUAGACAUGCAUUCUCAAUAGAAAUGAAAUGUGACCAUGUCACAAACAACUUCACGAAAUCCUUCAAUGCUUGGAUUGGAGACUUAAGGGGUCAACCAAUACUGACACUUGUUGAAGGUCUAAGGAAAAAAUUUAUGAAGAAAUUACACAAAAGAUUCCAGAAUGCUUGCACAUGGACGUCUACUAUCCCAAAAAAUAUCAUAGAAAAGCUCAAUGAAAUUGCAAUACAUUCUAGGAGAUGUUCAUUGCAGAUGGCCAGUGAGAAUUUGUUUGAAGUUAUUGAUGGUGACAGAGCAUUUAUAGUGAGUUUGAAGCAGAAGACAUGUGACUGUGGAGCUUUCCAAUUGUCUGGACUCCCAUGCAAGCAUGCUACACUUGGAAUUAUAUACAGAAGACAGAAAUUGGAGAUAUACUGUGAUCCUUGCUUCUCAACAGAAAUGUAUCUCAAGACAUACAGUGGCAUGAUACAUCCAAUUCCUCACGAGAAGAGAUGGCCUCUAUUAAUUGAUGUCACACCAAAAACUGUCCUUCCACUACCAUUGAGAAGACCUCCAGGUCGUCCAAGAGUUAAUAGAAUGAGAGGGCCUGAUGAGCCAAGCCAAUCUCAAACAAAAAGGUCAACCACUAUGAGAUGUGGUAACUGCAAAACUACUAGACAUAAUACUAGAACAUGUCAAAGAGCACCUGUGAGACAAAAGAGUACAAGCACCAGUGGCACAAACAAGGAUCAUGCUGAUGGCAAUGUGCCUAUUGUGGUUUCUAGUCAAGGCUGCAACCCAAGUCCAUCAACUCAAUCACCAUUAAUGAAUGCUGACUUGAAUUUGCAAACAGCAACCAAUGCUACUAAAAAAAAGGCCCUUCGAAUCACUGAAAGAAUUUGCAAUUUGAGCAGCAGAAAUAGAACUUGUUUGGAUUCCUCCUUCUCUCAGAAAUCUUAA